AUGUUGUUGAAUAGAAUCAUUCAUGGUUCUCUUAGAUUUGCAGGACUUUAUUGUCCGUGCUUGAGUAUUAAAGCUCUACAGAAACUGCUCAAAGAGCACCAGGUCACAGUAGAGGGCAUCAAGUCACCAUUGGUUGGAAGUCUACAAAUGAAGACUCGAGACAUGGGGAGGGGGGGUGGUGGUGUCGAUAAGAAUGGCAAAUUCAAGCUGGAGAAUUGGAGCUUUGCACAGCUUCACAGUGCCUCGGGUGCACCGGGUCCUGUCCUCAAUUACCAAAAGGCUUCAAUGUUAAUCAUCAAGUCUAAAGGCAAAGGAAAACCAACACUAAGCCUGGAAGGAAAUCUGAAAUUCUCUCCAGCCACAUACACUUCAUUGUUCUUCUAUUUACUUAUAGAGUGCAAGGCCAGUUUGCCAGAAAACGAGAAAACUGCAAGGCCAAUGGGCAGAGCAAGAGGAAGGCAACGUAGGGGCAGGGGAGAAUAGAGAUUCUGACAUAAUUUCUUAUGCUGACAAACAAACAAUUUUUAUGGUUUUUGUUCCUAGUGUUCAUAUUUGUUCUAAUUAGAUUUAUUUUUUUUUUUUUUUGGGUCAAGGGUAUAGUUAGUUCAAAUACAUAAUAGUUUUUGAAACAUGCAUAGGUUGUGGAUUGUAUGUUUUUUUGUGCAACAUAAGCUUUAGUAUAUAUAGGUUAGGUUGUAACUGUACAUGGAUGCUAAGU